AUGGGAUACUGUGGGAACAUUAAAGAGCCAGUGUAUCAGAAGACUUCGAGCUGCCUCUGCAACCACAGACCAAAAAUCCAAUGUGCCACUUUUAUGGGGGAUGAAAACCAAACUGCAGAGAUCCAGUUCCAUUUUUACCCAUUUUCACCCAUCCUGGAGGUACAGAUAUUUAUAUUUGUGAUUUUCCUGCUACUGUACAUUGGCAGUCUCGUUGGUAAUGCCACCAUCUUUCUCACUGUCUGGGCUGAGCAUUCACUCCACACCCCCAUGUACUUCUUUCUGGCCAAUCUGGCAUUUCUGGAGAUCUUUUACUCUUCUACUGUUGCUCCCCUGGCUUUGGUCAACCUCCUGACCAUGGGGAGAAUACCCAUCUCUUUCACUGGGUGUGGCACACAGAUGUUCUUCUUUAUCUUUCUGGGCAGUGCUGACUGUAUCCUCUUGGGGAUCAUGGCUUAUGAUCGGUUUGUAGCAAUCCGGGAUCCCUUGCGUUACACUCUCAUCAUGAGAUGGCAGCUGUGUGCUCAGCUGUCUGUGGGAGCCCUGGUCCUCGGUUUCAUCCUAGCUUUACUACUGACAGUGCUUAUUUUCAACUUACCAUUUUGUGGCCACAAUGUAAUCACUCACUUCUACUGUGAUGUACUCCCAGUCUUGAGGUUGGCUUGUGGAGAUACUCGAACGCCCGAAGCCAUGAUCUUCAUUGUCAGUGUCAUCAUUCUUACCAUCCCCUUUUCUCUGAUCUCCGUCUCCUAUAUCUUCAUUGUGGCUGCCAUUUUGAAGAUCCGCUCAGCAGAGGGACGGCACAAAGCCUUCUCCACCUGCUCUUCUCAUGUGACGGUGGUUCUCCUCCAAUAUGGCUGCUGUAGCCUUAUCUACUUACGCCCCAGCUCCAGCUACAACCCGGAAAUGGGCCGCGUGGUGUCUGUGGUCUACACCUUUGUCACCCCUUUCUUGAAUCCCUUGAUCUACAGCAUGAGAAACAAGGAGCUGAAAGAUGCACUAAAUAAGCAUCUUUAUAUUAUUCACUCGGGGAGAAGCUACCAUGCCCUGAGGACAAUCAAGAAGCCCUAUGGUGUUGUCCAUGUAGUGAGGAUCUACGUCUUCGUACGAACUGUCAGUGAGGAACUGAUGCCUCCUUCCAGAAGCCAUGUACGUGAGCCAUCUUGGGCACAGAUCCUUCAACCCUCGUCAAGCCUUGGAGCUCCAGCCAGCAUGUUCACUGCACUGAGCCAGGAACACGCAGCUAAGCUGCGCCUGAUUCCUGACCUUCUAAAGCUCUAG